GUGGAACGUCAUCUCUUGGCAGGUGGUGCCUGGCAGCCGUGCUGGCUGCUCUCCCCGCCAUGGCUGCCAGCGAAGAGGUAUUGGCUGCCCUGCAGGACUCAUGGGGGGACUUCUGGCUCUUCCGUUUCUUCGUCAAUGCUGCAGGCUAUGCAAGCAUCAUGGUGCCAGGGUUUCUGCUCAUUCAAUACUUCAAGAGAAAGAAUUACCUGGAGACUGGCCGCGGCAUUUGCUUCCCUGUCAUCAAGUCCUGCAUCUUUGGCAGCGAGGCCAAGUCUGCGCACCCAGAUGACAGCUCCCUGGCAUCCCGGAAUGAAACCAUGGAGUCUUCAACAGCCCGUCAGGUUUUCAAGCUUCUCUUCUGUGCUGCUGGCCUCCAGGCUUCCUACCUGACCUGGGGUGUCCUCCAGGAGCGUGUCAUGACCCGUACGUAUGGGGCCACCGAGACUGAUCCUGGCGAGAAGUUCAAAGACUCCCAGUUCCUGGUUUUCAUGAACCGGAUCCUGGCCUUCACUGUAGCUGGCCUGUACUGUGCCCUGACCAAGCAGCCACGCCAUGGCGCCCCCAUGUACAAGUAUUCCUUUGCCUCGCUCUCCAACAUCCUCAGCAGCUGGUGCCAAUAUGAGGCACUCAAAUACAUCAGUUUCCCCACCCAGGUGCUGGCCAAGGCCUCCAAGGUGAUCCCAGUCAUGCUGAUGGGCAAGCUGGUGUCGCGCAAGAGCUACGAGUACUGGGAGUACCUGACAGCGGUGCUCAUCUCGGUGGGCGUCAGCAUGUUCCUGCUCUCCAGCACCCCCAACAAGCACCUCUCCACUGUCACCACCUUCUCUGGUGUGGUCCUCCUGGCUGGCUACAUCGUCUUCGACAGCUUCACUUCCAACUGGCAGGACGCCCUCUUCAUGUACAAGAUGUCCCCGGUGCAGAUGAUGUUUGGAGUGAAUGUCUUCUCCUGCCUCUUCACAAUGUGCUCGCUGCUGGAGCAGGGCGCCCUGCUGGAGUCUGCCCACUUCAUGGCCCGCCACUCUGAGUUCGCCGCCCACGCCAUGCUGCUGUCAAUCUGCUCCGCCUUCGGCCAGCUCUUCAUCUUCUACACCAUCAACCAGUUUGGGGCGGCCGUCUUCACCAUCAUCAUGACGCUGCGCCAGGCUUUUGCCAUCCUACUCUCCUGUCUCAUCUACGGGCACGCCAUCACCGUGGUGGGCGGGCUGGGUGUGGCCGUGGUCUUUGUGGCACUCUUCCUGCGUGUCUAUGCCCGCAGCCGCAUGAAGAAGCGCAGCAAGAAGCCACCUGUUGGCGAGGCCUCGGUGCAGAAGGUUUAGGGACCGUGGGACAGACUGUGCCCUUGUCCCCACUUCCACUGCAGAGCACUUACUUUAUUUCUCUCCUUGAACCUACGGAAGAGAGGAGGGGAGACACGAUGACUCCCUUUGCCAGCUGCUUUUCCUGGACAAGGAGCUGGAGCGAGGAAGCACGGUGCUUUCCCGGCUGCCCCACACCUUUCUCCUAUUGCCUUAAUAGGUCUAAGUAUUUCAAUUUCCUGAGAUGGCCCCAAGAAGGGAGCAGGGGGCAGAUCUCGUUUCCAGGCAUGCAAGGGGAUUAACUCCUGCCCUAGCUCCAUCUGGUAUUUGGGGCGCCACAUGAAGAUUAUUUAUGAGCAGGGGAGUUUUCUUCCCUGGCCCUUUGUCUCCAGCUGCACUCCCCGUUUCUUUCCUCACUGCAGAGCCGAUAACAAGGCCUGGAAGAAAACACUACCUUUCAUUUGUCUUUUCAAGUAUGCACCGUGGCAAGGGAAGCUCCACUCUGUCUGCCCCUGUAUCAGGUGGUGUAGGGAGCGGGGACAGGAGCGCAGGCUGGGGGACAAGAUCUCAGCUGCUCCAGCCUCUUCCAGUGGGAGGUGUUUUAGGGAGCAUGGCAGGAGCCACCCGUCCCAGCCUUUCCCAGCAGGAGGUGCUAUGGGGAACAUCCCAUUCCAGGGCUAGUAAAAGAGCUACAUUGUAACCGGCAGGGCUGGUGGCAGGUGCUUCUUUGUGUCCUUAUUGGCUUGGCAAGUCCAUUCGCAUUCUCUCCCCUCACUGCUGGGAGCCUUCUCCAUUUCUGGCCCCUGUGCUGAGACACACCUGGGCUGACGUUCGCGUUCCGUGCUGCUUUUCACUUUCUCGUCGUAGGACUGAACUGCAACUCCCAGGACCUAAAGAUGAUCUCCGCUCGGUGGCUCCAGGGAUUUGUAAUUGGCUCCCACAGUUUAGAAAAGCACAAAGAUCCUGUUCCUGAAAUAUCCCUCCUUGGUUCUCCUUUUCCUGCCAGCAGGAGGGGCAGCCUGGGCAGGGCUGUGUGGUAUGCAGUGGUCCUGGGGACAGGACACAAAGCCCAGCCCCUGGUCCUUUUCCCUGCAUGUGGCUGCUCUCAAACUAGAUGUGGAGACCUGGGAGCCACUUGCCCUGGCUCUGCUUCUGGAGCCUGGGUUGGGCCCAGUGACCCUUUCAUCUCCGAACAGAACUGUCCCCAACUGCUAGGGGAAUGGCUCGAGUACUUUUACUUUUCUCUUUUUAUUAAAUUAAAAAGAUGCUGCAAA